GUCCUCAGGCUCUGGACCUGGCCCCUCGCUCGCCCCUCGCUCACCCCCUGCUGUAUAUAUUGGGCUGUCCAACUUUCUCUCUGUGACACUGUGUGUGGGCUUGUGUGUCAGGUUGGACGACAUCCAGUGAACAAACAUGUCGCAGUAUUCUGGAAAGAUCACCUUCUACGAGGGGAAGUGCUUCACCGGCAGGAAGCUGGAGGUCAGAGGCGACUGUGAUAACUUCCAGGACCGCGGCUUCAUGAACAGGGUGAACUCCAUCCGAGUGGAGAGCGGCGCCUGGAUCUGCUUCGACCAUCCCGACUUUAAGGGCCAGCAGUACAUCCUGGAGCACGGAGAGUACCCAGAGUUCCAGAGGUGGAACUCCCACAACGAUCACAUGGGAUCCUGCAAACCCAUCGGCAUGCACGGAGAGCACUAUCGCAUCGAGCUGUUCGACGGCUGUAACUUCUCCGGUCAGUGCGUGGAGAUCUGCGACGACUGCCCCUUCCUGCAGAGCCGCGGCCUCGCCAAGAACUGCAUCAACUCGGUCAAGGUGUACGGAGACGGAGCCUGGGUGAUGUACGAGGAGCCCAACUUCCGUGGGCGGAUGUACAUCGUGGAGCGCGGCGACUACAACAGCCACAACGAGUGGCAGGCGCAGAACGCCAACGUGCAGUCCGUCCGCCGGGUGGUCAACUACUUCUAAGCCCCGCCCCCUGAGAGCAGCCACUGGCCUCGUGUACAAAAAUAAACCAGACUGAACGAAGAAAAGAGAUUUUUUAUCAAA